GUGAGAAAAAAGGGUCAAUCUGCCGUUAAAUAUAAAAAAUAUACCAGAAAAAUAUUGAGAAGACACAAAAAUUAUCAAAAGAGGGCAACUUCACUAAAUUUAAGCUCAUCUUCCAGUAAAGUGCAUAUGAAAAAGCGAAAGUGUAGAGAAGAUCGGCGAACGACAUUUAUGAAAGAAAGGAAUCGCCGUAAAUACCCUUCGAUAUUAAAAGAAAACAAGUUGAAAACAUGUACGGAGAAACUGAUAAAAGCGUCGCCAUUAAGAAAGCGCAGUCAAACUGUCAAAAUCAAGAAAAUGGGUCGCAGCGAACAAGCAAAAAGACGGCUUCAUCAAUUUAAAAAAACGGGUAAGUCAGUGUUUCCAGGGCAUAACAGCGAACAGUUAUCUACCAUAUUUUACAAAGGGUUAGUCGAUUCUUUAAGAUCUAUGGUAAGUCACAAAUCGUCUGUUGGGAGUACUAGCAACCACACGCCGACUAUUGAGAGCGAUAACAUCGACAAGCAAUCAGUUUCAGAUUGCGACAAAACAAGUUUCGGGAACAGCAUCGUAGAAGGGCAAGCGCCUCCAACAAAACGAGUAAAUUUUUCCCGAAAACAAUUGGCGUCAGAGCGUAUGGAAGCAGAGAAAAAACGACUGGAGCAAACCGUUUUGAGGUCGGUGGAAACUAGAUUUAAAGAAAUGAUGAUGGAAGUGCCGAAAGAUAAAGACUUUAGGAUAACGAAUAAACUCGGAGGAUAUUUGGCUAGGCAUGCUUGGAAAAGGUUUUACACUGGUAAAAGCAGCCCUUGCGAACGUGUUAACUUUCUACAAAACUCUCGAAACAAAUAUCCCCCUUGGGGGCGUUAUAAGUUGUACAGACCGUUGGUACACAAUAGAAAGAUUAAAUACUAUCUCGUCGUUCACGGCUUCGACUUGACACCACGAAAAUUCAAGUCAAACAGGUACCCGUACUGCCCGGUGACCUACGAUGCAUUAUGGUUUUUUUCCAAUAUACUCAAAGAUUCAAAGAUUCGAAGAAAUAGAAUAAAAUAUAAAUAUGAAUUUUUAAGAAAGGAAUCGGCUGUCAGCCAGAAUAGUGGAUCGCAUCGUUUCACCCUCGAUGAGAAAUCUUUGUUCGAUGGGUCUGUCAUACCGCACCUGGUCUUCCGCGAGGAGGAUGUUAAUUCCCAAGAGACGGAAGAAGAUGACGUCCCUCCGAUGUUCACGUUGAGACGAGAUUUAAAGUCUUUAGAACCGGAAGACAGACAAGCAUUGCAGUUUAGAGUAUUUUUAACUGAGACAGAAACAAUAGAAUUAAUAUCUAUAGAAUCUCGACAUAAUUACAGCUUCAUAGAAAAGGAAACAAGUGUUGUGUUCUCCGAAAGCUAUAAACCGGAAAAAAAGUUAUCUAAAGUGGAACUUCUGAAAAAAAGGAAAAAGAGAAAUGUUUUUAUUGAUGGGAUGAAUCCAAAAAUAAAGGAAGAAAAAGAUAUGAGUACUUUGAGGGACGCUAGUUUCAUUAUUAAAUCGGAAAAAUCAGUUACUGAAUUUGAACCAAAAACGUUCGAAACCCGGGGUGUACAGGUGGUUACAAAAACCCGUCGUUCAUCUAAAGUACAAGUCAAUGCACCGACUCGAAAAAACGCGUCAACUCUAGUAACCACAUUCGAUUUUACUGCCGAGGCAAAUAAAGAAAAAACAUUCGAUGUAAUCAAAUGGUAUAAUUCAAAAACAAGUGAAACUGAAGGGUCCACAUCGUCAGACGACUUUGAGGUAGAAAGAAGCGAUGACCCGUUGAUAGUGACAAAAUCAAGCGAUUUCAGAGAAACUUUGAUGUAUGUUCAAAGAAUUAUUUCGUCGAACAUCUACAAAAAACCGCAGAUGUUUUAUGCACGUUACCACGUGGAUCCUCUUAGCGGUAAGUUGCCCAUUUCUUACGAAUGUGUUCAUCUUUGGACAUUUCACGAUUACAGAAUACAAUUGAGCCAAAUGAUCGUAAGCUCAAUUGCUCCUCAUCCGUUCGACAGUAAUAUAAUUGCUGUGGCCUAUGCCAAAAAUGAAUUGGCAACCCGAGAUUUCGGGCUAGUGUGCAUUUGGAACAUCAAAAAUAUUUUCUUCCCGGAACAAGUGAUUAAAUUCAGUUCUUCAAUUAAUUAUAUUGAAUUUUCUCAUCCGACGACAAUUUCAGUCGCUUUGAUGGGCGGUUUCGUCGCUGUAAUAAACAUCAGUAAGAAAAAACAUAAGAUUACCAUGAACACGGAGCGAACGACAACGGCCGGUUUUCUUCCAAUCUGGCAGUUCUCUUGGUUUCUGGAAGAAAACGGCGAAAAGUUUCCCGUGUCUUGUGGUGCCGACGGCCGGAUGUUACGAUACCGGACGGACGAGACGUUCGCCGCGACUGUCCUCUUUGAAGCGACACCGAUUGAAAAUAAAUUACGAGGUGUCAAAGGAUCUAACGGUGAAUUCAAAACGACCAAGUGGAAAGAAAGGCCUGAGAUGACCGCCUGCGCUCAACACCCGACCGAUCGCCAAUCCUAUUUGGUCGGCACUUCUGAAGGCACUGUCCACAUAUGCUCACUCCUGCUGAGAAACAACCUAGAACUUUUUUCCGCGCAAGAAGGACGCAUCAACGCCAUAAAGUUCCACCCGCACUGUGAACAUGUGUUUUUAACAGUCGGUGGGGAUUUCUUUGUCCGUAUAUGGGCGAUAGGCAUAUUUGAACCGUUGCUCACUUAUUCCGCAAGGAACGAGUACAUCGAAGACGCCUGCUUCAACGAAAUAUGGCCUGAAUUGAUGAUCAGCAUCAGUGGAGAAUUCGUUGACAUUUGGAACAUUCGGCGAAGGGUGUGCGUCCCUGUCCAAUCUUGGUCGAACCCAAAACAACUGAAAAACACGUGCAUUUCAUUUUCGACUGAUGGUUACAGCGUAAUUGUAGGCGACACUGGAGGCUACGUCCACUCGUUUCGACUUUGCGAAAUGCCCUGCGAAAGUAAAAUGAAAGCUGAAGUACUCUCGCAGGCUAUCAUGUCCACCCUGUCAGAACGGCAUGAUCUCAUUGCUGCACUUUCAAAACUCGGCUACCCAUUUUCAGUCACGUACAUUGAGAACUUUUUAAAGGCGACUUCCUCCAGAAAAAGUGACGUGCUGUGAAAACGAUUUCACGGGCAAUGUCGGUUGCUCAAUCUGCACCAUAGUGUAUCAAUGCAUCAUUCGCUUGCACAAUGACAUAAGCCCGGAUGCUGCGUUUAAGUAUUAACAAAAUAAAAAACUUAGUGUACACUUGAA